AUGUUUGCUACAGCAGAUCUCUUUGUGACAGUGAACUUGAACGAAACAGUAUUAAGCGACACUACAAACGUUUCGCAGUACAACAUUGGGUUCAAUAAUACAACAGCAGUUAUUAGUAACUCAACGAAAUUAGAUCUUUCCGAGCUGAACUUCUACCUGAAUGGCUUAACUACGGUGAUAGUUAUCACCCUUGGCGUCAUUGGCAACACAAUGGCUAUGCUGGUGCUGACAAGACGCACCAUGCGCACCUCCACGAAUAUCUUUCUCACAGCUUUGGCCAUCUGGGAUACUGUGGUGUUGCUGAUCUGCUUACUACUGAUCAGCCUAAUAGAACUAGUCAAAUCCUUCAAAGACUUGGCGUUUGCUUAUAUUGUAGUCUAUGCCUACCCUAUAGGGCUAGCUGCACAGACAGCCACUGUUUGGCUGACUGUGUCCUUCACUGUGGAACGCUACAUCGCUGUGUGUCACCCACUGAGGGCAGCAAGUAUGUGCACUAUAUUCCGCGCCCGUUUAGUAGUUCUCACCAUAUCUGGGAUUUCCAUACUUUACAACGUUCCUCGCUGGUUUGAAUACGACAUCGCCAGCUGUGCCGAAGCCAACAAUCCACAAUGUUUGUACCCUGACAAAACGUGGCUGGCCAACGACUCAAUCUACCACAAAAUUUACUUCGGCUGGCUUUAUUUCCUGGUCAUGUGCUUCAUCCCGUUAUGUUCCCUUGCUAUCCUCAACGCGUUUCUUAUUGUAGCAGUCAGACGAUCCAAACAGCAGCGAAAGGACAUGAACGUACAGCAGUCCCGCGAAAACAACGUCACCAUCAUGCUAGUCUCCGUGGUUAUGGUGUUCAUCAUCUGCCAGGUGCCGGCUCUCAUCUACAACAUGGCCUACUCCAUUGACAUGCUCAAAAUCUCCAAUGCUUCUGGAUGGGUCGUUCUGAGCAAUAUCAGAAACUUUCUGGUGACUCUCAACAGUGCUGUAAACUUUAUACUAUACUGCGCGUUGGGACAAAAGUUUCGCCGUACGUUCAUGCGAACUUUCUGCCCGUGUCUCAUCAGGCGACUACCUAGUAGAUUCCAAUCAUUCAGUUUCAACAAUCAACAUAGGGAAAGCAAGCACACCCUCAAUGGCAACAUGUAUGGCAAAGUGAACUACAAACAAUGCAGGACUGAUAUGUUUCAGCCUGACCACAAUUCUGGCCUCGACAUGAAAGUUCUCAAAGCCAAACAUUCCCCGGUCGAGUCGUCGGACUCGAAUGCAUCAGGUGAAGCAGGGGAGGUGUAUCACUGUAACAUGUCCCAGCGAAGUCACAUGAAGCUGCUUAUCAGCCGAUACAAACGCUAA